AUGCAGUACACAACAUUUUUAGUUAUUGGUCCUGAAUUUCUCAAGAAUGACAUUCGCAUUAAACUUGAUCUUGAUGCUCUUGGAGCUUUGGGUGAUACUGGGUGGUACUGCACCAGGGGAAUCUUAUGGGCUAAUGAAUAUGAACUACCUAAAACAGUAACGGCUUUGCCUGAGCCUGAAUACAAUGAAGCAUGUGUGAUUCUAUCUUGCGGUGCAUCGCCUGAGAAGAAGUGGCCUACCAUUAGUAGAAAGACACAACUGGUGAUAGAUGGUGUCAUGGCAUCAAUUGAGAAGGGUUUUGCACCUGUUGAAGUGGUGCCUUAA